AAAGAGAAUUGUAGUUGUAAGCAACAUUUUGCUCUUCAUUUCACCCUUUCCAGUUUGCAGCUUUCCAUCCAAAAAUCACUACGCUCAAAUUCCCUUCAUUUUCCCCCAAUUUGAGAACCAAAUAAGAAAAUACAGAGAAAAUAAUUUCAGGAAAAUCGAAAGUUUCCCAGAAAUCGACCCCAGAAUCUGAAGAAACCCCAGAAAAGAGUUACUCGACACUCGCUCUUAGUUAAUGGGCAGGAGUCAGUGUGAGAUGGAUGUGGAUGAUGGUCCUGAGGAAGAACCUGAGCUUGAAGAAGGUGAUUCACCUGAACAAAACCCAACCAGCCCUCAAGCUAAUGGGAAUGGCAACAAUGGGAAUGGUAACGAGAAUGGGAAUGGGAACGAAAACUUGACUAAGCGGAAGCGUAGUGGCAGUGGCGGCGGCGGUGGUGGUGGUGAGGAGCAAGAACCGAAUGGAUCAUCUGAUAAUAAGACUCAAAAUGGUGUUGGUGGGGAUUCUACUACUCCUAGGUCUUCCUCUGGGAGACCGUUGAUUAAAACGUUUCACGAUGCGAGUGGAGGGCGCUCUAGCAAUGGUGUUAAGAGGCUUAAGGUGAUUGAAGAGGAUGAGGAGGCUGGAACUAAAGAAGAACAAAUCGAGUUCAACAAAGAGCUUGAAGCUUUCUAUAAGGAAAGAUACUUGGAAUUUAAACCCCACAAGUUUUAUGGGGAGCCGUUAAAUUGCCUGAAGUUAUGGAGAGCGGUGAUUCAAUUGGGUGGAUAUGACAGGGUCACUACAUACAAGCUGUGGCGGCAAGUUGGAGAAUCUUUUCAUCCGCCCAAGACGUGUACUACAGUUUCUUGGACAUUUCGAAUUUUCUAUGAGAAGGCACUUCUGGAGUACGAAAAGCACAAAAGAGAGAUUGGUGAGCUUGAAUUCCCUGAUGCACCAAUCCCCGAGCCUACAUCGGCUGAAAAUGAGGGAAAUGCUUACCAAGCUGGUUCAGGAAGGGUUAGGAGGGAUGCUGCUGCUCGUGCAAUGCAGGGUUGGCAUGCUCAGCGGGAUAUUGGAUUGGGAGAGGUAGGGGAGCCCAUUAUCAAGGAUAAGAGCAUUAAUUCUUCACAAAAGCGUGAAAAACAUCUGAAAAACAUUGGUGUGAAGCAGAAGAAACCCAGUAAUUUAGAGCUUGCAGAAAAUGAGACGCCUGAAGCAAACAAACAGAUGGUGCCAACAGUUCUGGAUGCCGGUCCCCCGGCUGAUUGGGUGAAAAUCAAUAUCAGAGAAAGUAAAGAUUGUUUUGAGGUUUAUGCGUUAGUUCCUGGGCUUCUUCGUGAGGAGGUACGCGUUCAGUCAGAUCCUGCUGGGCGUCUGGUCAUUACUGGUCAGCCAGAGCAGCUUGACAAUCCUUGGGGCAUCACUCCGUUUAGGAAGGUUGUUAUAUUUCCGGUGAGGAUAGACCCACUACAUACGUCUGCUGUUGUAAGCUUGCAUGGCAGGCUCUUCGUCCGUGUUCCUUUCGAACGGUCAAGUACCUGAACAGGGUCGGGUCGGGUCACCUGUAUGCAGAUUCUAGGGUUUGUCAUUAGUUUGUCUAAUUAGGGAAGUAAAAAGGAGCAGAAGCUGCAAACGACUUUUGGGGGAAGAAUUGGAAUUAGAGAAUUGACUUUUGCUGGUGUUCUUAGGUUAGGAAAAUUUAAGGGUGAUUUCUGAUGAUUUCUUUUCUGUAACUCCAUGGCUUUCUACUUUCUAGUGACUUUUGUAGCUGUACAAGUUCUAAUUUUGUAAAUUUUAGUUGAUGAAAAUCAAUUAUGUUCAUUGUUGAUUA